AUGGGGAUGUUCAGAGAGGCCUUGGAAAAAAAUGAUCUGUAUGAUAUAGGUUAUGUGGGAGAUUGUUUCACUUGGAGUAAUGGCCACAAUGACCAUACUUUUACCAAAGAAAGACUUGACAAAUUUGUAGCAAACAAAGAAUGGAGAGAGAGAUUUCAGUUAGUAAAGGUGGAAGGUCUGGUUGCUAGGAGUUCAGACCAUAAACCAUUAUUAAUGACUGCAGGGAUUGAAAAGUAUGGGAAGAGGAGAAGAAAAUUCUGGUUUAAGUUUGAAGCUAGCUGGUUGAAGGAGGAGGAUUGUGAGAUGAUGGUGAAGAAAGUGUGGGAAAGAAAACAGAUGAAUUAUGAACCCAUUAAGCAAGUUUUGAAUCUGUUACAAAGAUGCAGUGGUGAGCUAACAAGGGGUUUCAGUAAGAGGGACAGGGAAAGAGAAGGGAAGAUUGAAUUGUUAACAAAACAGAUAAAGAAUUUGCAAGAAACUGAGGGUCCUGAGGUGGUUGAUGAAUUAAAAAAGCUUAAAAGAGAGGUGGUUUUGAGAUCUGGAGAAGAUGAGAUUGCAGAGGCUUUCAAGAGGCAUUUUUCUGAGGUUUACAAAUCUGAAUCCCCUUCAAGAGAGGUCAUUGAGGAAUGCAUACGCCCUAUUAAUACAAAAGUAACAAGUUGUAUGAAUGAGGUGCUGGAGAAAAGGUUCUGUAGGGAGGAGGUGGAGAUAGCUUUGAGAGAUAUGGGCCCUCAUAAAUCCUCUGGGCCAGAUGGCUAUAGUGCAUGCUUUUAUCAGAAUCUAUGGAGGACUGUGGGAGGAGAACUUUCUAAUCCUGUGAAGGUGGGUGAUUUCAGGCCAAUAAGCUUGUGCAAUGUCUUGUACAAGCUCAUUGCAAAAACUUUGGCUAAUAGGUUGAAGAAAGUAUUAGAUGGGGUGGUUUCACAGAACCAAAGUGCCUUUAUCCCAGGCAGAUUGAUCACUGACAACAUUGUGACAGCUUAUGAGGCACUACAUUCCAUUAAAACCAGACUUAAGGGCAAAAUGGGGGCAAUGGCUUUGAAGCUAGACAUUUCGAAAGCAUAUGACAGAGUUGAGUGGAGGUAUCUUGAGACAAUAAUGGUGAAAAUGGGGUUUGGGAAGAGAUGGAUCAGUUUGAUCAUGGGAUGCAUUACUACUGUGUCAUAUGCUAUGCUAUUGAAUAGACAGCCAGGUGAAGUGAUAAUUCCAACAAGAAGUUUGAGGCAGGGCUGUCCCCUCUCUCCAUACCUCUUUUUAUUAUGUGCUGAAGGGUUAAGUGGACUACUCAAUGAGGCAGAACGGGCAGGCAGGAUUAGAGGGGUGGCAGUGGCAAGAGGAGGAGUAAAACUCACUCAUCUCCUCUUUGCUGAUGAUUGCAUCAUCUUUGGAAGAGCAUGUUGGGAGGAAUGGGUGAGGAUAAGGGGUAUUCUGCAGCUUUAUGAAAGGGCUUCAGGGCAAUGCCUCAACAAGCAGAAAACCACCAUCAUGUUUAGCUCAAAUGGUAGAAAAGGGGACUGGGAGAGAAUUACAACAGACCUGGGUGCUCGAGUUCAACACAGUUUUGAAAAGUAUCUCGGAUUACCAGCAAUGGUUGGGAAAUCCAAGUAUGACACUUUUAAAGGUAUCAAAGAUAGGGUGUGGCAAAGAAUUCAUAACUGGAAGAAUCAAUUCUUGUCCCCUGCUGGGAAAGAAGUCCUUUUAAAGGCUGUAAUCCAAUCAAUCCCUACUUAUUGUAUGAGUGUUUUUGCACUCCCAAAAAAACUUUGUAAGGAGAUAGCAGCAGAAAUGGAGAAAUUCUGGUGGAGCUUUAAAAGAAAUGAUAAAAAGAUAAGAGGUCUUGGAUUUAGGGAACUUGAGAGCUUUAAUAAGGCUUUACUAGCAAAGCAAUGCUGGAGAGUCUUAACAAAUCCCGAAUCUAUUACAACCAAGGUCUUGCAUGAUAAGUAUUUUAAGUCAUCUGGUGUGCUGGAUGCAAAACUGGGUAGAAACCCUUCAUUAAUCUGGAGAAGCUUGUGGGGAGCUUUGGAUCUUUUAAAGGAAGGGCUAGUAUGGAGGGUUGGCAACGGAAAAAGCAUAAAUAUAUGGGGGGAUAGAUGGAUCCCUCAACCUUCAUCCUAUAAAAUCCAAUCUCCUGUCAAGUGUUUAACUGAGGUUGAUAAAGUGGCAAAGCUUAUUGAUGAAAGCAAGGGUGAGUGGAAGAAGGAAAUAGUGAAGGAAGUCUUUAAUGAAGGUGAGGCUGAGAUUAUAUGCAGGCUACCAAUUAGUAAAACUGGCAGGUCAGAUAAGCAAAUUUGGGCACUCUCAAAGAAUGGGAUUUUCAAUGUGAAAUCAGCUUAUCACUUUGAAAUGCAAAGAAGGAGAAGGCUGGUAGGGGAGUCCUCGAAGGUUUCUUUUGAAAAGAAAGGCUGGAGUGAUAUUUGGAGGCUAAAAAUACCAGGGGUUACAAAGCUGUUCAUUUGGAAAGCUUUAAAUAAUUGCUUGCCUACUAGAAGGAACCUAUAUAGAAGAAAGGUAAUUGAGAAUCCCAACUGUCCAAUUUGUAACAGAUAUGAAGAAACAAUCUGUCAUGCUUUGUGGAGCUGUGAUGCAGCAGUGGAUGUUUGGGCAAAGGGAAGCAGUCCAGUUCAAAAAUGGUCAUCAGAAGUGGCAGAUUUUGGGAUGGUGUGGAAGAAAGUGAUACAAUCUCUAAGCAUGGAAGAUCUGGAAUUGGUUGCUAUUGUUUUAAGAAACAUCUGGUUGAGGAGAAACAAAUUUGUUUUUGAAUCUUUGUUCAAUAGUCCAGCAAACAUCUUUAAGCAAGCUGAAAUAACAUGGGCUGAUUUCAAAGAAGCCAACUGUAUUGAGAGCCAAAAAGGAAAUCCUGCAAUAAGAGAAGUGGAAAAAUGGAGAAAGCCCAGAGAAGGGAUGAUAAAAGUAAAUUUGGAUGCUGCCUUCAUGAAUGAUAGUAAGAGGAUGAGAGUUGGGAUUGUUUGUCGAGAUCAAGAGGGGGACAUUCUGUUCUCUGCUUGUAUGCCGCAGUCAAAUGCUAUGACAGCAAGCCAAGUAGAAGUUGUGGCCUUGUGGAAAACAAUGAAGUUAUGUGAAGAUUUGCAAGUGGGAGAAGCUGAGCUUGAAGGUGAUGCUUCAUGUAUUGUCAAAGCAGUUAAUAGUAAAGAUGAGAGUUGGGAAUGGGGAGGCCAGAUAAUUGAAGACAUAAGGGGGUUGCUAAACAAUAGAUCCUAUUGGUCUGUUUGUCAUACACGAAGGGAGGGAAAUAAGGCUCGGAUUACUUAG